CACUCUGCUAAACAAAUAAUUCCCUCAACACUGUCAGACUAUUUACUGAAUCUGCACUACUAUUAAUUGUUCCAUAGUUCCCAUCACCAAUCUCUUUCCACUUAUGACUGUAUGACUAUAACUUGUUGCUGGCAAUCCUUAUGAUUUAUAUUGAUAUAUUGAUCAUCAAUUGUGUUGUAAAUGUUGUACCUUGAUGAACGUAUCUUUUCUUUUAUGUACACUGAGAGCAUAUGCACCAAGACAAAUUCCUUGUGUGUCCAAUCACACUUGGCCAAUAAAAUUCUAUUCUAUUCUAUUCUAUUCAUUUUGAAUCAUGUUUGGUGAUCAGGAAGGAAGGAAAUUAUUUAUUCAUUCCCUUCUGUUCAAACUUUGAAUGGUUUCUAACAGAUUUUUUUUUAAAGCAGUGGUACUGUUAAAAAGAAUAUGUUUUGAACUUUAUACCUAUUAAAAUAAACACUAAUAUUACAGAUUGUGUCAUAUACACUUCUACAUGAGUUAGAAAGUAUCAGUAUAAUUUAUAUAAUUGUUUGAACAAAUAGCUACAUACUCUACACCAGUGGUUCCCAACCAGUGUGCCGCGGCACUAAGGGGUGCCGUGAGAUCUUUUGAGGGUGCCGGGAACUUUUGAGCUACAGAGAUUUUAAAUAUCUAUUUCCUUAUAAGGGUGCCGGGAACUUUUGAAAGGCUUUCCAAGGGUGCCUCAAACAAGAAAAGGUUGUGCCUCAAACAAGAAAAGGUUGGGAACCACUGCUCUACACUAUAUAUAACCUCCUGUCUUCUACAAUUAUCUUGGAGGACACCCACACAUUAUUUGUCAAUCUCAGAUAAUAUCUUAUGCAGUAUAUCUGAUGAAGUGGUCCUUAGCUUACCAAAGCUUGUUGAAACAGACUGAUAUAAUUACCCCUGUGAAAAACAAUGGAUUAACUUCAGGUGAAAACAGCUUUUCUAAAAUCAUGCUUAAUUCACAAUACCAAUUGAAGAGGAUAUAGGCAGCUCAGGGUUGAAUUGUAGAGUCCUUGAUGUUGUCUGAGCUUGGUUGUUCCUUGCAAAACAUCUGCAAGCAACAUCUGCAAGACAUUUCCUUGCAAAACAUCUGCAAGCAACAAAGUCAGAGAGCACCAGGCUCUCCAUAGUUAUCUCAUAGUAGAUAUAAGAAAUGUGUUGUGUAAGGCCUCUUCACUGAAGAUUAAAGACUCUAUCUACUAUGCUGCUCCAGUUUUUUCCAAUCUAAGGAUGAGACAAAAUGGUAGGCACAAAAUUACCCACCUGGCUUCUAUACCUGACAGAGGAAUAGAAACCAGAUCUAAUCCCUUAUCCAAUACAUCAUUCAUAAAAUGUUAAGAUUGUUAAAAUUGGCAACAAAUCCUGUGUGUGUAUCAAUAUUCCCAGAUAAAGAUAAAUGAAAUCCAUGAGGCAUUGACUAUAGGGCAAUGUGUACAUAAUUGAUUACAUUGCAUUGAUAUUAUAGUAGGUCACAAUUUAUGGUUAUCCAGAGUAAUCGUUGUCAUUCAUAUGCAACACACAAAUGCAAUCCUACACUGAUACUUUACUUUGAGAAUUUGGGGAGGAAGCUUCUUUAAAAUUCAGUAGCAGAUACCCCUGAGAAACCAUGCAUACAAUGAGCAGAGGGGGAAGAUUUAAAAGUACAUUUAUUUGAAAAAAAUUACUUUCAAAUGUAUUUAGCAGAAUAGUGUUAAAGAACUUGCACUUCAGCCACAAAACCUGUUUGACUGGUAUAUAGAGAUAAAGGGGGUGGGUGGAAAUAUAAAGAGUGCAUGUAUGUAUGUAUGUGGGUGGGUGGGUGUGUAUAUACAUAUGCGCACACAGACACUGUCAGUUCCUUUAACUGAGGUACCAUCAACAUUUUAAAAUUGUAAAACAUUAAAUCAUUGCAGUUAGCAAUCUUUGGUUAGGUAAAAUACUCCAGGGCACUUUUAAAAAUAUCAUAAUAUCCUCAUUUUAAUUAGAUACUGCAGACUUAAAUAUGGCAUGAUCCUAUCAACUUUUUUCAGUAUGAUUAUUUGUGAGAGUCACUGAUUAAUGAAAGAGGGUAAUCGUGGGUUUACAUCUUUUCCAUGUAAACAAUUAGAAUUUACAAAGGUUUCACUUUGCUCUGGCACACUCCUUACUUUGAAAUAUUCCAUAAAAUUCAGUUUUGAAAUACUGGGUACAAGCCACUCAACAUUUUAGUCUCAUUGUCCCAAUAUAAAUUUGGAAAAGCAACAGAAGUGAAAAUGGAACUCAAAAAUUUCAGAUCAUGCUAUAUGUGCUUACUAUUAUAUAAUUUCACCUCUGCAGAUUCAGAAAUAUUAAAUAUAAUAUUCCAAAAUGACUUUGGAGUUUGGAUAUAUUAAGAAAAUAAAGUGUGGUCAAAAUGAAUCUUAGCACUCAUUCUUCUUUUAAUCUACCUGAUAACAUUUUGCAAUUUCUUCCCAGGACAAAGUGAUGGAGCAGUAAUUCUGAGUUCAAGCAGUUUUUAUUUACAGCAUGGCAAUGUAAUAAAAAAGAGUCCUCCAGAUAACCAAAUUUGUGGCUUUCAUAAUCAGUUUAGUAUAUAUAUAUAUAUAAUAUAAAAUAGGCACAUUCAUACAGCAAAGGCUACUCUUUUCUAGAACACCCCAACUACUGGAAAUUCAGUAGCUGAAAUUAUUCUCCCACUGAAGAUUCGGCUGGGAAUAUUAUGCGUUUUACAACUUCAUUCUUUGUUUCACUUCUUUUACCCCGGUCUUCAUGGUAUAUCAGAAUGGUAAACAAACUCCUGACAACUAUAAUAAUAAAAGGCAGGAAAUACAUACAUUAGCCAAAUUUAAAAUAAACCAGCUGAAAACGCCUGAGCCAAAACAGAGAAGUUUUAUGGAGGUACCAAAAUGCAGAGAUCGGACAACCAUUUAUCUGAAACAGUAUAGAGUUUGCAAUAGUGGUGAAUAUAAGGUAUAGGGGUUUCCUGACUAAGCAAGGGUUGGACUAGAAGACCUCAAGGUCCCUUCCAAAUAUCUAAUUCUGUUAAAAUCUCCCUGGGGAAGGUAUUGCUGACCAUCCCAAAAAUUACUCUCCUUUCUGAACAACUUAAAAGAGUCGCCCGGAAGUUUUCAGCCGCAGGCUGGCACCAUUCCCCAGGUCUAAGUCAUCAGACUCUACAAGUAUACAUACAUCACUAUAUUGCGAAUACAGUGGUUAUUGGAUUUUAUUUUUAUUUUAUUUUUUAGCUCAAAACAACACCCCGAUUUCUUCCCGGUGCUUACUAUCCGCGAAACAGGCUAGGCUAGAGGCUCCUUUGCGGGACGCCAGUUUGGGAUAUAUAUAUUUUUACCUCCCCAAGCUAAGCGUCGUUCACUGUAACAAUCAACCAACGGAACAGCUUGCCUUCAGAAGUGGUGGGAGCUUCACCACUGGAAGCUUUCAAAGAAGAGCCUGCACUGCCAUCGGUCAGAAACGGUGCAGGGUCUCCUGCUUGGGCGGAGGGGGGGCGGGGGUUGGACUAGAUGACCUUACAAGGUCCCUUCUCCAACUCUGUUCAUCUGUUCUGUUCUAAUCAGCAGCAAGGAAAAGGAAGGCCUGCGGCACCGAUCGACCGCAAAAUUCUGCGAAGCGCCGAAGUCGAUUCCCCCCCCCCGAGGAAGGCGACCCAGGGAGACGGCAGGUCGGGCACCACCACCUGUAAAAGGCACCUCGCCCUUCGCACCUGAGACGAGGCUCCCGCUCCGCAAAAGAGGAAGGAGCGGGAGGGGGGAGGAGCUGACUCGUGGCGGCGGUUUCAUUGGACGGAACCUUCAGGGAGGAGGCGGGGCUUGGGCAAAAGAGGCACCAAUUGCUUGCCAGGGAGGGCUGGCUGGCUGGCUGGCGGCGAAAUCGGUGCCCACCUUGGCCGACCCACCCAGUAGCCUCUCGGGGGAGGGAGGUGUGGUGGAAGCUCCUCCUCCCCCCUCUUGCCCAGCGUUCGGAUGGGCUGGCCCGACAAGUCCCGGAGAGAGAUAAUGACAAUAUAUACCACUAAUGACAGCGGCGGCAGCUCGAGUGUUGCGCCUGCCAGCAGACGGUUCCCCUCGAGAGCCGGGAACGCUCCGCAUUACGCGAUCGGAGGAGAGAAACGGACUGCCGGUGGUAUCACGCGGUCGUGGCUGUGGGCUUUUCAUCCCAACCGGGAAGGAUUUGCGCUUCCGCGGGGAGGAAAAAAAGCAAAACGAAACGAAACAACCCAACAACUCAAGAAUCGCUUGGCGAAGGGAAACCACUUGAAGUCGCUUCCAAGUUCUCAGCCACCUGUUGUUGCUCUCCGCUUCAACCGUCUGGAGCAGCCGAACCAGGAAGGGGGGAGAGAGAGAGAGAGAGAAGGACGGCAAAGCAUCCCUGCCCUGGGUCAGACGCUUCUAUAGGGGGAAAUAGAGGGCUUCGCAUUUGGAAACUCUGCCCCGAUGGUGGAAGAAGAAGCCGGCGCCCAGCAAUAAAAGUUCACCCGAACUGCCAGGAAGUCGAGCGAGGCGCGCUGAUUUUGCUUUCUAAGAAAGCGACCGUCACCUGGCUAAUGGGAAAACAGCACCGCACCUGAGACGCGUUGGGGGAAAAAAUUUUACACCCCACCCCUCUCGCCCGAAAUAUAUAUACGGACAGCAGCUUUUCUCCAAACUUUGGCCUUGGCUGGAAUGAGCUGAGUUUGGGUUGCUUUCGGGAGAGUUUGCAGAGGGAGGCAAAAGAAAGACCACCUGCUCAGCGUUUUGGAACCACCACGCCCUACUUUUCCAAGGAUCCCAAAGCGAAGACGAUCUGAUCCUCUAUUCUUCUCCCCACCCUGCCCGCUCACUCCCAUUCCGAGACUUUGACCAGGUAUAGAUAUGCACCCUAACUGUUGAUCCCGGGGGAUCGAAGCCCUAAAUCAACAGAACCACCAAGCCGGCUCCCCCUCCCCCACCGAAGGAGGCAGGCGGGCAGGCACAGCCUGAAAGCGGGAGGAGAAGGGGGGGGCCGGCCGGCAAAGGAUCACCGAGCCUGGGGGGCGCAACCAUGAAGCUGGAGAUCUUUGCUCCCCGAUACGAGGACAAGCUCAGCGGCCACAGCGGCAGCGACCAGGAAGGCGGCAGCGAAGCUUCCCCGCGGGCAGCCGAGAGUGAGCUGGGCUCCGACGGGGAUUGCGCGGCUCUCAGUCCGGCCAGUGGUUGCGGGACUUCUCCCCGGCAGGGCACCGAGCCUUCGCCUUCCCCGGGAGGCGAGUGUAAAGCGGCGUCAGGGCUGUCCGGAAAGCCUUACACGCGCCGUCCGAAGCCUCCCUACUCUUACAUCGCUUUGAUCGCCAUGGCCAUCCGGGAUUCGGCCGGGGGCCGCUUGACGCUGGCGGAGAUCAAUGAGUACCUAAUGGGCCGCUUCCCUUUCUUUCGCGGCGCCUACACGGGCUGGCGCAACUCGGUGCGCCACAACCUGUCGCUCAACGACUGUUUCGUCAAGGUGCUGCGAGACCCGGCCCGGCCGUGGGGCAAGGACAACUACUGGAUGCUCAACCCGAAUUCCGAGUACACGUUCGCCGACGGCGUCUUCCGCAGGAGGAGGAAGCGGCUCAGCCGUCCGGGCCUCACGUCAGCCGCCGGGGGCUCCUCUUUGGCUCAGCCGUCCCCCGCGCCCGCUUCUUCCCCGAGGGCCGAUCGAAAGACCCCCACGGGGGAAUCGGACGUGGGAGCCGUCGGGGGAGCCUCGGCCGCCGCCGCUGAGAAAUUCUCCAGCCCCUUCGCCAUCGAGAGCAUCCUGAGCCGACCAUUCCAGCCUUCCAAACAGCAGCCGCGGCCCCCCGCGAGGCCGGUGGGAGAACGGGCGGUGGCGUGGGCCGCUCCCCCGAGCUAUUCCCGGCUCCUCGCUCACCCGGCCGUCUCUUACGGCGUCGUCCCUGCUUUCCCACUGGCGGCGGCUUCUACCGUUUACCACUACGGCCUCCCCGAUCCUCUGCUGCUAGAGUCCUCCAAGGGGAAGGCUUUGAGCACCCGCGAUCCGCACCAGCCCUGCCACGCGAGACCCUCGUCGUCCUUCUCCUCUCCCCAGCUUUCUCCGGCGCAGCUGCAAGCGCUGAGCGUUUCUCAGCUCUACUGCCCCCUCCGGCUGCCCAGCUCAUUGCAGCAGGUGGCGGCCAGUCAUCACAACACCUACAGGCCUUAUCAUACAUCAGAGACUCUAUCGGUGUAACCAUCGAACGGUUUAAGAAGCCCCGUGAAAGACUGGGGUAAUUUGGGGACAGACGAGAAAUGUCUCUCGAUGCACUUUUUUUUAAAAAAAAGGGGGGGGAAUCCAGACUCAUUAGAAAGACUGUGCCUUAAAAACGCCGUUUUUUCUCCUCCAGUCCAAAACCAAAAAGCUGUU